AUGCAGCCAAGAGCCCUGCUGCUGGCUGCGCUGCUGGCCUUACUGCUGGCGGAGCCUCGGGGCGCGUCGGGCCGCCUGCUGAGCGCCACGGACUUGGACCUCAGAGGAGGGCAGCCGGUCUGCCGGGGAGGGACUCAGAGGCCUUGUUAUAAAGUCAUUUACUUCCAUGAUGCUUCUCAAAGACUAAACUUUGAGGAAGCCAGAGAAGCCUGCAUGAGGGAUGGGGGCCAGCUAGUCAGCAUCGAGUCUGAAGAUGAACAGAGGCUGAUACAAAAGUUCAUCGAAAACCUCUUGGCUUCUGAUGGUGAUUUCUGGAUUGGGCUCAGGAGGCAUGAGGAGAAGCAAAGCAAUAGCACACCCUGCCCGGACCUGUAUGCUUGGACUGAUGGCAGCACAUCAAAAUUUCGGAACUGGUAUGUGGAUGAGCCAUCCUGUGGCAGUGAGGUCUGCGUGGUCAUGUACCAUCAACCAUCAGCACCCCAUGGCAUCGGGGGCCCUUACAUGUUCCAGUGGAAUGACGACCGAUGCAACAUGAAGAACAACUUCAUUUGCAAAUAUUCCAAUGGUGAUGGGACAGAUCCAGCAAGCCAGCAACCCAUAAUUCCAGAAGAUACACAGAAAGAAGAUGCCCGGGAAACAUUUAAAGAAAGUAAACAUCUGUAAGCUGCCUUGAAUCUUGCCUACAUCCUAAUCCCCAGCGUUCCCCUUUUCCUCCUCCUUGUGAUCACCACAGUUGUAUGCUGGGUUUGGAUCUAUAGAAGGAGAACACAGGAGCAGCCAGGUUCUAGCACAAAGGAGCAACACACCAUCUGGCCAUCUCCCCACCAAGGAAACAGCCCAGAACUGGAGGUUUAUAAUGUCAUAAGAAAACAAAGUGAAGCUGAUUUAGCUGAGACUCGACCAGACCUAAAGAAUAUUUCAUUCCGUGUGUGUUCAGGAGACGCUACUCCUGAUGACAUGUCUUGUGACUAUGAUAAUAUGGCUGUGAACCCAUCUGAAAGCGGGUUUGUGACUCUGGCAAGCACGGAGAGUGGAUUUGUGACCAAUGACAUUUAUGAGUUCUCCCCAGACAGAAUGGGAAGGAGCCAGGAGUCUGGAUGGGUGGAGAAUGAAAUAUAUGGUUAUUAG